GCCUGGUGCAGGGGCAGGCAGGACAACGCCCGCCUUCCCGAGGCGUGUUUUUUCCAGUCUGUCUGUUUUGGACUGGGGGCAAAUCCAAACCCAACCUCAGCCCGGUGCAGCGCAAUCCCAUCAAUCAAGGGUUAUCAAACUCCCCCCGAGGUUGUCAAGAAGGUGGCGAAGAUAUAGAAAAUGGUAUCUACUCGUCGUUCCAGUCCAGGUUCCGAUCACAAAGGCGAUCCGAGGGGCGAUCCGAAGCCCGAACCUAAAUCGGAACCUAGGUCAUCUGGAGCCCCAAGCAAUUCGCCGAGUAGUCCCUCUGGAAGCCGACGACGAGGAAAGAGAUCAGGCAGCAGCAACGACACGCCAACAACUGAUGCCUCUCCUCCUGUGGAUGGUGUCUCUAAACCCGUCUCCCCAGGAGGGGCAAAACGGCAAAAGAGACUGGCUGAUGCACCGUCAGCAGUUGAUGAAACAGCCGGGGAGGCUGGACCUGGUAUGGAAGUGGAAGGUGGUGUUCGGGAUGAUCACAAGAAUGCAACAGAGUUAGCAUCAGUGUGCGGGGAUCAGGCAGGGCCCUCAGGAGAUGGAGGUCUGCCAGAGUGCGGCAAUGCAGCUGGUAGUUCAGAACCAGUGCAGGAAGAUGACACUGCUGUUGAGGUGGUCGGCUCGGUGGAAGCAAACAAUGGGACUGUGGACCCAGGUGCUGAAAUGCUGGAGCCUCUGCAGAAAACCUUGGCAUUUUUCUGUAAGCUUGGGAAGCAGCAGAAUAAUGCUCCUGCUGCACCACAAGUUUGGGGACAAUUGACAUCACAAUAUUCUCAGCAUCCUCAUGUACCCCUUUCGGGGUAUUGUUUCACAGUGGGGCGAAGUCGAAGUUGCAAUUUACAGCUGCGGGAAAACAGCAUUACCGGAACACUUUGCCGGCUGUGGUUCUGGAAAAACGCGGUGGUCCUGGAAAACCUUGGAGGCAUGGGGAUCCUUUCGGUGAACCGCAAGGUUCUGAAGAAGAAUGCGAAAGUGGUAUUGAGAGGCGGAGAUGAACUCAUUUUCACGGCGGGGAGGAACUACUCUUUUAUUUUCCAGCCGAGUGAUGAAGUGCGGGGUGCAGCUCCUUGUGCAGGAGCGGGAGGCAUGUCAGACCUCUCUCCUGAUGCCAUCAUUUCAGCUGCAGAGCAGGCUAUGCAAGAAGAAAGUACAGCGCCAGCUCUGCUUGCAGCAAUGGACAAUGUGAGGGAUGAGUUGCUCAAAGGAGUUAAUGCCGGGGCGGCGACGUCAUCAUCUCAAGGAGGAGCGGAUGACGAUGUUCCAUGUGAGCAGGGAGGGAAAAGGUCAACCAUAGCAAGUGACCUUGGAGGUGAUGCGAUGAUGUCCGAGGCAGGCGAUGAGGAAGGUGAUGGGCGCACCAGCGGGACCCCAACUUCUGGUGGUCAUGGGACAAAAAGAUACCACAGUCGAUACAGAUCGGGCUCAUCGCAUGGUGCAAAAAGUGGGAAUGGAAGCCCAAUGCGAAGUGGGAGGGAUCGUGAUGUGGGAAAGAAAAAGGUCGAUGAGGGUGAGGGUGUUGCUGACAUGAUGGCAGAGGGCAGGUUAUUACAACCUGAUGAGGGACCCAACACAUCAACUGAGGCAGUGAUGACAGAGGCAGCAGCAGGUGCGAUUGGUGAGGUAGAUGCAGAGGGGACUGCUGGAGGUAGAGGGGCAGGCAAGGGAGCAGCAGGAGGUAAUGAAAGAGAAGGAGAUGGCGUGGCAGCACUGAUGGCAGCUGCCCUGGCAAUAGCGAGACGGCAAGCAUACAAGGAUGAGUUUAUGAAGGCAAUUGUCCAUGGAAAGGACAUCAAUGUCACAUUUGACAAUUUUCCUUACUAUUUGAGCGAGAGUACAAAGAUACUUCUCAUUACAUCAGCAUUUGUGCACUUGAAGCGGGCAGAGUUUGUCAAGUACACCGUCUACCUUCCAACAAUCAGCCCCAGGAUACUGCUCUCUGGGCCAACAGGUUCUGAAAUUUACCAGGAGACUCUUGUAAAGGCGUUGGCCAAUCACUUCCAGGCAAAGCUGCUGAUUUUUGACAACUCGAUGGCUAACUCUGACGUGAAUGUGCAGGUUGAAGACAUUGUUCCACCGUCCAAUAUGGCAGGUUUAUCAGAGUACGUCGCCUCUGGAAAGCCUCUGGCAACAGAGGCAGCUAUCUUGAGUGACGUUGGAACAGAAGAUGAUGAAACUGGUUUAUGGACAGCUCGAGAUGGUGAUGGGAGAGGAGGGAAUGGAAGCUCAUCACGGACUGGUCGAGGAUCAUCGAACAGGGAGGGUGCUGCCGAGACAACUGGCGGGGGGGGUACUGUUGGAGGUGGGCUGUCAGGGUCUGCUGGGGGUAGUAAUCCUGGUGGAGCAACACCUGGAGCAGUGCCGAAUGGCCUCGGGAACUCUGCAGGUCCUGGUAAAAGGACCUUAAAGAUGGGGGACAGGGUGAAAUUUGUUGGGUCUUGUGGGAGUGUCGGUGCGCUGCCUUUUGGAUACUUUUGUAGUGUGCCAGGCAUGGACCCCAAGAAGAUGGGCACCUUCCUUGGCAGCCGCGGGCCUUAUGUUGGUUGUCGAGGAAAGGUUGUAAGGCUGUUUGAAGACAACCCGCGAGGGAAGGUCGGUGUAAGAUUUGACAAACCAAUUAGUGGGGGAAACAACCUUGGGAACCUGUGUGAAGACAGUCACGGCUAUUUCUGUAAUGUAUCGGACUUGCGAUUGGAAGGAGCAGCUGGAGAGGACACCGACAAACUUGUGCUGGAUGCGCUUUUUGAGGUGUUGGCAGCCGAGGGUGCCAAGGAACCAAUGAUUCUCUUUAUCAGAGACGUUGAAAAGACGAUCCUUGUUAAUUUUGAAAGGUACUCUAUCUUUAAAAAGAAGGUUGAAAGGUUGGAAGGACGGUUGGUGGUGAUUGGCGCCCAUGCAAUGCCAGAUGCUCGCAAAGAGAAGUCCCAUCCAGGUGGUCUUCUUUUUCCGCCGAAGUUCGGAAGCAGCCACACAACACUGCUAGAUCUAUCUUUCUUGGACAGCUUUUCAAGACUGGAUGAUAGAGCAAAAGACGUGUCCAAAGCAUCAAAGAUGCUGUCGAAGUUGUUUCCGAGCAAAGUGGUUGUUCAGCCACCUCAGGAUGAGGCCUUGCUCGCGGAAUGGAAAAGACAAGUUGAGAGAGACAUUGAAACACUAAAAGCAGAAGCCAACCGACAGCUUUUGAAAGCGGUUCUCAGCAGAAGCAAUGUUGAUUGUGACUCUAUGGCAUCUAUCAAUAUCCGUGAUCAAGUCCUGUCAACAGAGACUCGGUUUCCUGGUGCUGCAGCUGCAGAAAAGGUUGUUGGGUGGGCUGCAAGCCACUACUUGAUGAAUGUUCCUGAGCCUGUGCUGCGAAAUGAACGCCUGGUUAUCACUGCUGAAAGCCUUGAACAUGGAUUGAAGAUGCUGCAGUCAAUACAAAGUGAUUCUGGUACCUUGAAGCGCAGCUUGAAGGAUGUGGCUACAGAUAACGAAUUUGAGAAAAGGUUACUGUCAGAAGUCAUCCCUCCAAACGAAAUUGGAGUGACGUUUGAUCAUAUUGGAGCAUUGGAGGGUGUAAAGGAGACUCUGAAGGAGCUGGUUAUGCUUCCAUUGCAACGCCCUGAGCUUUUCUGCAAGGGACAGUUGACUAAGCCAUGCAAAGGAAUUCUUCUCUUCGGCCCUCCAGGGACAGGGAAAACAAUGCUGGCGAAGGCGGUUGCAACGGAAGCAGGGGCAAAUUUCAUCAACAUUUCAAUGUCGACCAUUGCCUCGAAGUGGUUUGGAGAAGGCGAGAAAUAUGUGAAGGCUGUAUUUACAUUGGCCAGCAAGAUUGCACCAAGCGUGGUGUUUGUGGACGAGGUGGACAGUAUGCUUGGAAGGAGGGAAAAGCCUGGUGAACAUGAAGCGAUGCGGAAGAUAAAGAACGAGUUCAUGGCCAAUUGGGAUGGCCUGCGUACAAGGGAUCGAGAGCGAGUGCUUGUCUUGGCUGCAACCAACCGUCCGUUUGACCUUGAUGAAGCAGUUGUGAGGCGACUGCCAAGGAGGCUGAUGGUGAACCUUCCGGACCACGAGAACAGGGUCAAAAUCUUGAAAGUCAUACUGGCCAAGGAAGAUUUGGAGGAUGGUUUCGACUUCAACGAACUCGCAGUGAUCACCGAAGGAUAUUCCGGGAGCGAUCUGAAGAACUUGUGUGUGACUGCCGCGUACAGACCAAUAAGGGAGAUUCUUGACCGCGAGAAAAAGGAGAGGGACAAAGCAAAAACUGAACAGAGAGAAUAUGUCCCAGAAACCUAUGGUGGCAAGCCACCAUUUAUCCGUCCUCUGGAUAUGGAAGACAUGAAGGCAGCCAGGGAGCAGGUGUGUGCAAGCGUAUCAGCUGAAGCAUCCUGCAUGAGCGAGCUUGUGCAGUGGAAUGAACUGUACGGAGAGGGUGGUUCUAGAAAGAGGACAACCCUGAGCUACUUCAUGUAAGAGGAGCAAAGAGGGUUUUUUACAUCAUGGCGAGGAGCUGACAUGAAAGCAGAGACAUGUCACUGCAAAAUGAUUUCGACCGGCGGAAGAGGGAUUCGAAUUGCCGACAUGCGAAGUAUGAUUCCGCGAAGGGAGUAUUCGUGCUUCAUCACCAUGAGAUGGAGUGACUUUCAAUUUGCCGAUUGAUAAAUGGCUUUCGAAUCAAUGGAAUGACAUCAUCUUCUGGAGGCUUGUGAGGCAAAUCACCAUGAGAUGGAGUGGCUUUCUAAAUGGCUUUCGAAUCAAUGGAAUGACAUCAUCUUCUGGAGGCUUGUGAGGCAAAUCACUCACCAUGAGAUGGAGUGGCUUUCAAUUUGCCGAUCGACAAAUGGCUUUCGAAUCAAUGGAAUGACAUAAUCUUCUGGAGACUUGUGAGCAAUUUGCCGAGUACAGCUAGCCAAGAAAAUGGCAACUACUCUGUGAGAGUCUGUGGGAUCAAUUUGCCGCGUUUCCCUUUCGGGGGGCUGUGAUUGAAAGGUGGGCAUUUUCUACUACCGUCUUCGCUCAAAUAGAACGCCUGGUCGUUAUCGCCGCAUCUGGACUGAAAGUCACCAAGUGCAGCUGUAAUGACCAGGCGUUCUAUUCGGGUGAAGACAGUUGUAUCGAAAACUGAUGGCUGAGAACAGGUCAUGGUGACCAGAGCCGACUCCUUGGCCGUCAUACAGGUUUGCUUCCAACCUACCUUGGGACUACCAUCAUCCCAAAUAUGGGAUCCGCAAUGUGGGACUUACGUGAGGACCACCACGGUCCCCGUGGGAUAGUCGUUAGCCAUGUGGGACCAACAUGAAGGCCACUAGGCUUUUACCGUGGGACAGUCGUUAACCAAAAUGUGGGACAAAUGUGAAGGACACCACGGUGUCUUGUCAGCUCUGACGCCAUCGCGGAUGAGCAGGGCGGCCAGGACGUAGGCGUCGGCCAGGCUCAGGUUGGACUAGACGGUUUUCACCAGGUAGUUGCGGUCUGCGAUAUGCAUGCAGUGGCAGUCUGUACGCCUCCGCAAUGGAGAACUGUAUUAGACGGCAGGACACAGCUGGACGAUUCUUUGGCGUUUCAUUUCACCGACCAUGGGACCGACAUGAAGACCACGAUGGUGUCUAGUCGGUUUUGGUACCAUCUUCAGUACCAUCUUGGAGGAGCAGGGCCGACUUGCACGAAGUAGUUGCAUCCUCUGCGAUUGGCAUGCAGUGGCCGUCUGUCUCCCUCCAUCGACCAAUGGAGAACUGUAUCAAACAGCAGGACAGGGAUGAUGUCUCCUUGUGGAAAGGGAGUUGUCGUGAACUCCCUCCCGUAAACCAACCAGUUCGCACGAGCCUACGUUGACGAAACUACCUUUCAAGGUUCGCAAGCCUGCAACAGCACCUUGUCGAAGUGGCCUCUGCUGAUUUCACUGCUGCCCCAGGCCCGAACCGAAAAGCUUAAAUCAUACCUUGGUAAAGAGUUGCGGGCGGAACUGAUUGUUCAACGAAAAAAAAAAAACGCAGGGAUGUUUCUCUGGAAGAGACGUGUGAAAAUCGAACGUGGGAAUAAGAGGGGUGUGAGUUGCAAGAAUGGCUGGGGACACUGUUUAUAGGGGGGCCUGUCUGAUUAGGAAGAGGGACAAGGAGAGUGAUGACAGGCCUGCGAUGAAAGAUUGAUCAGGGAGUGGAUGCUGAAUUGCUGGCGUCGUUGGAAGGAGGUUUGCGAGGGUAGGAGGAAGGGGGGGGGGGGGGGGGGAGAGAUUUUUCUGAAGAUACAGGUUCAUCAUGUGACGAAGGGGGGAGGACAGAAUUGGCAGCUAGAAUCAUUUUUGAAGGUGUUCUUUUGUUGUUGUUGGAGAUUUCUGAAGGAGGUAAUUUGGUUGCAAAAUAAAAGGGUACGGAGGCG